AUGCCCAAGCGGAUGGUUAUCAAGGAAGCGAGGCCUGACAAGAUCCAAUGGCGUGACCCUUGCUUUUGGCGAGAUCAGUUGCCGUGCGAGAUCCACAUGCACCAGCUAGUCGACAACGGUCGUGGGGUAUCUGAUAGCGACGAUGAGCCCGCUGGUUCUGAUCAUGAAACUCUGGUCAGACAUCAUGGUUACCGCUUGAUGAUGACCCAGCGGCGUUAUCGCAUCUUCUUCGACUACUACGAAGGCGGCAAUCUUUGGCAGGCUUUAGAAAAGCACUGCAGCAGAAUGAAGAACACAUUCUAUACCCAAGGCGAGGAGCCAGGGCUUGAUCAUGACUGGGAUGAGGAGUUCGGUUGCUACCGUGACUCAGAAGCGGUGCCCGGCGAGGCGGGAUUGUGUGUGAAGAUAUCCGAAGGCCUUAUCUGGAGAAUUGCUAGCUCGCUCGUUCAAGCGUGUCAGAUCCUGCAUUUCGGCCAGGUCAGUAUUGGAGGUGUGCAGAACACCACACCUGAGUGGAAACCGAUCAAACACUGCGAUAUAAGACUUGACAACAUCUUCAUCAAGCCAGCGGAUGAGGAGAACGAGUACCCAAUAUUCGUCUUGGCAGACUUCGGCCUCUCGUUUACGGACAUGGGUGCUCCUGGAACUGACAACCCAUAUGAGUAUGUCAGGGAAAUGACAGACGAACGAUUUGCGCCUGUGAGUAACAAGGCUACAAUCCUCAACGACGCAGCAGAAAGCGCUGGGGUAGUACCCCUAGACGAAAAGACAGAUGUAUGGCAGAUUGGUGCAGUACUUUACUCAUUACUCAGUAAUGGUUUCUUCCCCCCUCUCGGCCAAGGGCCAUAUCGCUUUGUCGAGAAAAUUGACGCAACUGUACCUUUCGCCCUCGAACAUGGCGAACUGAGAACCAUCGUCGACCCAGAGGAUGACCCAUGGAAUGACAUGCGUUUCUUUCCUACUUUCAAACGUUACAGCGAGGAUCUGAAGCGGUUGGCGUUCGAGUGUCUGGCAUGGCAUUCGAGUGAACGACCGACGUUAUUGGAGAUGGGAAAUAGGAUCGAUGAUUUCCUUACGACGCACCCGAAUGUUGCGAAUGAUCGGAAUAUGGAAUCGCUAGAGGUCGUUCGAGAUUUGGAAUUCGCGAUUGGGCAACCUAUGAAUUAG